GAGAGCACAAAAUCAUUCGCGUCCGGACAGUGGAACGGUGCAUAUCGGUUGCAGGUCGUGCAGCAACAAUAAUACUUCAAGUGUUGGCCAGUUUUAGUAGUGUAGGCAAAGUCUGCAGUGAAGUUGAUCUUUGGUCAUCGAGUGCAAUUGGGGUUGUGAGGUUUACACGGUGCAAUUGCAAGUGUUCCCAGUUACGAUCCUGUUGCGUUCCAGAGAUCCUUGCGAACUUGCGAAGUGAAAGCGCGUUUGGUGAUUUGCAAUAUUUUUGUUGUGUUGUUGCGUGUGAACAGCCAGAAACAGAUACACACAUUCUUCCGACAUGAGGCCUCCGACGCAUUUCGGUAACGAUAUUACCAACACCGGAGCGAACGGUGACGAUCAGCAGAAUAACAACAACAAUGGAGGAGGCGGAAAUGGAGGCAACAAUGGCGGAAACAAUACGGACUACAUCGUCGAGCGGUUGACGCAGAUGGGCGCCACGAUUAACUUCCCGAAGGUGGCGGGCCGUGGCAUCAUCCGCGUUGUGGAGCGUUGUGACGAUGCGAAGGAGAACAACAAUCUAGAUCUUUCGGAAUGCGAGCUGAUCCAGGUGCCCGAUGCAGUCUACCAUCUGAUGAGACACACCGAGCUGAAGACGUGUGAUCUGAGCAGCAACGUGAUUACGAAGAUAUCUCCCAAAUUUGCAGUCAAGUUCAGCUUCAUCACAGACCUCAACUUGUCCCACAACCAGAUGGCCCGGCUACCGGACGAGUUGGCCGAUCUGCACUCGCUCGAGAUGCUGGACAUUUCCCACAACACCUUCAUCACACUGCCCGCCGUCGUGUUUAAGAUGCCGAAGCUACGCGAGCUGAAGGCCAACAACAACGCCAUCAUCGACAUCGACCGGGACGAAAUCAUCACGUCCGAUUCGCUCGAGGUGGUCGACCUGCGGCACAAUCCGCUCACCCCGAUGUGUCACGAUCUGCUCAAGCAUGCCGUCGUCUCGUUCCGGAUCGAGCUGUCCGAGCGGGAGAAGGAAGAUUGGGAGGAUUUGACGAUUUGAGACGCGCGUUCGUACGUUUGCGAAGCGUUCAUCUUACGCAUCGGGUGCUUUUCCUGCCUUCAAACUAUUGUAGCUUUAGCCGCAAACGGUGCGUCGCUCGGUCGAUCGGAACAGCGACGUUACCGUGGUAUGUUCUGUACUGAUCCGGCGUUCGCGUUUGUAACUCUCUGUGCACUAGGUUUUUAAAACUCCGGAACUCUGGAGCUGGCGUGUAAGGAGAGCCGGAUGCUACUUAUAUGAUACUAACCACCUUAUAGGCUCGAUCCGGCCGUAUAGUGUGAAUUGUACUUAAGCAAAGCUGUAUUAUACGAACCGUACUCAUUAACCCCGUGUAGAUUUUUAAGACGAUCGUGUCUCCGAUGCCUCUCUGCUCUCUGAUCGUGUGCUUUUGUGUGGAGUAUCUGCCUUCUCUUUUGGGUCUUUUGGUCGGGUGCUAGAUUUCUGUGCAUGCGGUAUAGAUUUUGAUCUAGUCAUUAGUCAUCUUCGAUACACGACAAUCAGGUGGAUCGUAGCGGUACGGAAGUAGAAAUGGGUCAAAAUUCAUCGUAACCAACGUCGAAAUAAAUUAGACGAAAGAACAGUAAAGAACGACACUGAAAACACCCAGCAACAAAGAGAGAGAGAGAGAGAGAGAGAGAGAGAGAGAGAGAGCUGUCCGACGCGAUAGAUACUAAUUUAUGACACUGAUCAUAAAACUGAGUGAUAUUAAAUAAGUCAAUUUGUGUACACGUAAACAAAAACCCGUUCUCUAAGGUAAGGGCAAAGCAGGCAAUGAUUUUUGUGUGAGGUGGUUUACAUCAAUUUACUAACCAAAAAAUUGAACGAAACUCAUGUAGAAGAAUGAAUACUGUUGUUGGAUGAUGUACUGUGCAAUUAGCUGCGGCAUGUAAACGAAUUGAGGAACCUUAGGAGAGGGACGAAACAGACGAUAAUAAAUUUGUGCUUUGAUUAUAAA